AUGAACUCCAGCUCCCAAGUAGAUGGUGUCAGUUUUAUCACCAAAACUCUCCUUGGCGAAUACCAGGACAUUCUGUCCAUUUCCUGUGACAGAUUUGACGAGGACACCAACCAGACUAUUGGCAGAGCCCAGGGCAGGAAGAGCCACCUGGACAACCUCUUCAAGGUCCGUGACUGGUGCCAGAAGUACAAAGUGGCGUUCAAAAUCAACUCUGUGAUCAACACCUUCAAUGUGGAUGAAGACAUGAGAGAAAACAUCACAGAACUCAACCCUGUACGCUGGAAGGUGUUCCAGUGUCUGCUGAUCGAUGGCGAGAACAGUCUGAGGGAGGCAGAGAAUUUUGCCAUCAGCGACCAGCAUUUUCAGGUCUUCCUGGAAAUGCACAGCAGCAUUAGCUGCCUGGUACCAGAGGCCAAUCAGAAGAUGCGUUUCCUGGAUUGCCGAGAGGGGAGGAAAGAUCCAUCCAAGUCCAUCCUUGAUGUUGGCGUGGAAGAGGCCAUUCAGUUCAGUGGCUUUGACGAGAAGAUGUUCCUAAAGAGAGGAGGGAAAUAUGUGUGGAGCAAAGCUGACAUGCGGCUCGAGUGGUGAUCCACACAUUAUAAUCAGUUAUUGCUACACUUCUGUAUGUAUUUUCUGUAUGUUUUUUUAUUUAAAAAAAAUAGUUUCCGCCUGUAUAACAGUACUUUACACUUAAAUAUUUAUGAUAUUCUAAAAGUUACGUUGGAAUCUUUUACUGCUAUACCUUGAGGCGUUUGUGUACUGUACCUUUAAUUAGUAGUAAAAUUACACAACACAGCUACUCUACAGGGACAAAUAUUUAAUGACUCACCGGAUAAUAACUUGCUUUUUGUAUGUCCAGAUUUGUUGGUUUUUCCUUAUAUGUCCUGUUAUCCAUUUUUUUACAUGUUCUAUUCACCAGCCAAGAGGCUUAUUUGAACUUUCAUGUAGUAUUUGGAAUUUAGCACUUUGAGUGAAAUGUGGGGAAUUUAUGAAUAGUUACUACUAUUUGCAGUGUGUUACAUCUGUCUCUGUAUGUAAUGUAUCGGGGGGGAAAAAUAUGACUUUGCAUGAUACAGAAUGAUGUUUGUUAAUCACAAUCAAUUUACAGGAAGCACAUUUAUUCAGUAUCUGGAUCAGGUUUGUUGCCAUACAACCAUUCCAAUUUUAAGAGGCAACUACUGUCGCUUAAAGUUAUAUGCUAUUGUUCUCCAUCCAUUUCAGUGGUUGUAGUUCUACUGUAGCCUAAAUGUGCAGUACAUGUCUAUUGGGAUAACUCAAAUCCCCACCCCUGAUAAGAUUGCUCACUGGAUCACUAUGAGGAUGGGUUCCCUUGGGACUGACAUAAUAUCUCUGUUUACUACAGUAUGUUGUAAUCAGUUCUUGAUCUUUGUCUCAUCAUAUCUGGAGAUUCUUAAUGGGACAAUAGUCAGUCCCCCUUAAAUUAAUAAGCAGGCCUAUAAGCCUUCAUCUAUUGCUACUGAAGCUGAAUACAAGCUACAAGUAAAGCUUCAUUUUCUUUCCUUGUUUUCCUUCAUGUUCUUCUGUCUGUUCUAACCCUGAGAUAUUUCCUUCCUGUAAGAACCAACGCUGAGGAUGAGAAGCAGGUAAGGAGAGUGAACAUUUAAUCUUGCACAGACAUGGAGCAGGACAGGAAAAGCGUCAGAACCGGGGGAACAAAACGAGAUACGACAACCAAUGCGGAAGCGGGGAACAGAGCUGGGGAACAGACAGAUAUAGGGGAAGUAAUGACACAGGUGAUUAAGUCCAGGUGAGUGCAAUGACUCACAGAUGCGCGUGACGAGGGAAGCAGGUGUGCAUAAUGAUGGUGGCAGGAGUGCGUAGUACUGGGCAGCCAGGGAGGGUGAGUGGGAGCAGGCAUGACAGUCCCCCCCCACCCCACCCCUUUAGGGGUGCCACCUGGCAUCCCACUUGGACGAGCCUGACGGGCCGGCCGAGGCAGGGCGCUGGACCAGCUGGCUGAGAGCAUAGAAGCCCGACGAACCAGCUGAGGCGUGGCAGCCUGACGAUCUGGUUGAGGUGUGACAGCCUGAUGAUCCCGCUGGGACG